AUAUCCUGUUUGCCUUUUCUGUUCAACGCCGCGUUGGAGGCGGUCAGUGAUAUCGAAUCCAAGUGAUCCGUUCAUCAAGGAACGUUGAAAGUACGGUAAAAUGUCGGAAACUUUGCAACUCAGAGGGACCCUUCGGGGCCACAAUGGAUGGGUUACCCAAAUCGCAACCAACCCGAAAUAUCCUGAUAUGAUUCUGUCGUCUUCACGCGACAAAACUUUGAUCGUAUGGAAGUUAACACGUGAUGAUGCCAAUUAUGGUAUACCACAAAAGCGUCUUUAUGGUCACUCGCAUUUUAUCAGUGAUGUCGUGCUUUCAUCUGACGGUAACUACGCUUUGUCUGGAUCAUGGGACAAGACUCUGCGUCUUUGGGAUUUGGCUGCGGGUCGCACAACCAGGAGGUUUGAAGACCAUACCAAGGAUGUCCUCAGCGUCGCAUUCUCUGUAGACAAUCGGCAAAUUGUUUCUGGAUCUCGAGACAAGACUAUCAAGUUGUGGAACACACUUGCCGAAUGUAAAUACACCAUUCAGGAUGAUGGUCACAGUGAUUGGGUCAGCUGCGUUCGAUUCUCUCCUAACCACUCCAAUCCCAUCAUUGUUUCUGCUGGAUGGGAUCGCGUUGUUAAGGUCUGGAACUUGACGAACUGUCGUCUAAAGAUCAACCAUAAUGGGCACACUGGGUACCUUAACACAGUAACUGUCUCUCCAGAUGGUUCCCUCUGUGCUUCCGGUGGCAAGGAUUGCAAAGCAAUGCUGUGGGAUUUGAAUGAUGGAAAGCACUUGCAUACGCUGGACCACAACGACAUCAUCACCGCCUUAUGCUUCAGCCCGAACCGUUAUUGGCUCUGUGCCGCAUUCGGGCCAUCGAUCAAGAUCUGGGAUCUUGAAAGCAAGGAAAUGGUCGAGGAACUGAAACCCGAAGUUGUGUCUGCCACCAGCAAGGCUGAGCCCGCUCAGUGUCUUUCUUUGGCUUGGUCCACGGACGGACAAACGCUGUUUGCCGGUUACUCGGACAACACCAUUCGCGUUUGGCAGGUGUCUGUGUCCAGUCGAUAAAUGCUUUGUACUAUACUAUACUGAAUAAAGGAGCUGAGAAAUUUUA